AUGACUGGCUCCACCGAUUCUUCGGAUAGAGACUGGAUGUAUAGCGUUCAAAUAAAUCGUUGGCUGCUGAAACCGAUCGGCGCGUGGCCGCUCUCGUUAUGCGUCAGUACAACGGAGAAAAUAAAUUCCGUGGCACUGACGUUCGUAAGCUGCUUUCUCAUAGGAUUUCUUCUCAUCCCGUGCGCUCUGUGUACUUUCCUUGAUAAAUCGGCCGAUCUGGAUAUGAAAAUAAAGAUGACCGGCCCGCUCAGUUUCUGUUUAAUGUCCGCGAUCAAAUACUACAUCCUCCAUGUGCGCAACGCGAAAGUAAGCAAGUGCAUCGAAGAAAUUCGCUCCGACUGGGCCCGGAUAAAUACGGAGCGUCGCGGUCAGGACAAGGAGAUCAUGAUCGAGAGCGCGAGGAUCGGUAGAUCGUUGGCCGUCUUUGCCGUGGGAUUCAUGUACUCGGGCGGAUUUUCUUAUACCAUCAUCAUGCCAUUGGUCACAGAGAGAAUGGAGAUCAUCGACAACGAAACAGUUAGGGCUCAGGCUUUUCCGAUCUACCGGGGCCUGAUGGAUCCACGGACCAGUCCUUCGUUCGAGAUCGUGCAAUUUACGCAAUUUUUGGCAGCGUUCGUCUUAUAUGCCAUCACUUCCAGUGCUUGUAGCCUAGCCUCGGUGUUCGCCAUGCACGCGUGCGGACAAUUCAAGAUCCUUGCGAAUAAACUCAACGACUUAGUUGACGAUCUACCGAAAGCAAACAAAUUGGUGCCUUACAAGAAAAUAUUAGGAGAUAUCGUCGAACGUCAUCUACGGAUACUUCGUUUUAUAUCUGAAAUCGAAGAACUUUUUAACGAAAUAUGCUUGAUCGAACUCGUUGGAUGCACGAUGAAUAUUUGUUUCCUAGGAUAUUAUUUACUCACGGAAUGGGAACAAAGCGAAACUAUAGGAACAUUAACCUAUUGCACGUUACUCAUAUCCUUAGUGUUUAAUAUUUUCAUAGUGUGCUACAAUGGUGAAAUUUUAUCCGAACAGUGCAAAGGCAUCAGCUUGUCGGCGUAUAUGAUCGACUGGUAUCGUUUGCCGGGGAAGGACGCGCUUGAUUUGGGACUGAUAUUCGCUAUAUCGAACUCCUCUAUCAAAUUAACAGCUGGAAAGUUAAUCGAGCUAUCCUUAAACAGUUUCUGCAGCGUAAUAAAAUCAUCGAUGGCAUAUUUGAGUCUGCUUCGUACACUGACCAUGAUGCGUCGAUUGUCAACCCUUGACGACCUGCUGCGGAACGACCAAUACGAGAACGACAUACAUUACGCGUUUCAAUUAUGCCUUUGGAUUCUGAAGCCGAUCGGCAUCUAUCCUCUCAUCUACAGCCGUGCGAACAAACUCGAACGCACGGUAUCGGUGGUGCUAAUACUGAUAUGCUGCUCCGUCGUGCAAUUCGUCAUCAUACCAUUCGGCCAUUACAUUCUAUUCUACGAGAAAGACAUGAACACGAAGAUCAAAUUCCUCGGUCCUCUCGCUUUCUGUCUGACGUCGUUUUUCAAGUACGGUUGCUUGGGUUUCAAGGGGCCGGCCUUCGAACGCUGCAUCGAACACGUAGAGAAAGACUGGAGAUUAUUGCGGGACCAGGAUCAUCGUGCGAUCAUGAUCAGACACGUGAUCAUGAGCCGUAAUCUCAUCACUCUGUGCGCCGUUUUCUUGUACAGUGGCGGUUUAUCCUACCACACGAUCAUGCCGUUACUCUCCGGAAAGAAGAACAAGAACGGCACCAUCGUCAAACCGUUAACUUAUCCCGGUUACGAACAGUUUUUCGAUGUCCAGGAGAGUCCCACGUACGAGAUCGUGUACUGUAUGCAUUGUUUCUACGUUCUGGUAACCGGUAACAUCAUGAUGGCGGCGUACAGCCUGACCGCCAUCUUCACGAGCCACGCUUGCGGACAGAUAGAAAUACAAACGUCUCGGCUAAAGCGAUUGACCGAGAGAAACAGAUCCGCGGUAAAGCACGCCCGCCCCGAAGACGAUUUAGCGAUCGUCGUGAAGAGUCACGUUGAUAUAAUAAGAUUUACGAAAAACGUGGAGAAAGCGUUGCAGGAGAUGUUGUUAAUGGAAAUAAUAAUGUCGACUUUACUAAUAUGCUUGCUCGAAUAUUACUGCAUGAUGGAAUGGGAAACUAGCGAUUCCAUCGCGAUACUAACCUACGUCAUUCUAUUGGGUUCUUUCAUCUUCAGCAUUGCCAUAUAUUGCUACGUGGGAGAACUUCUUCUUGGACAGGGUAGCAAAAUAGCGUCAGCUUCGUACGAAGUCGACUGGUAUAAUCUGCGGGCAAAGACAGCACGUGGUAUCAUUUUGUUGCUCGCUAUAUCGAACUAUCCACCAAAACUAACGGCUGGCAAGAUAAUUGAUCUGUCGUUGAACACGUUUGGUGUUGUGUUAAAGUCAUCCUUAGUUUACUUAAAUAUGCUGCGAACUAUCACCGAUUCUAAUUGA